AUGGGUGCAAUACCCAUCGCCCAACUUCUUUCCCUUGUUGUCUUUGGGCGUAAAACACUCAUCAAGGCCGUGCGCUACUUACUUAGCCAAACAAGUGGGAAGAUCUUUCAGAGCCUUGCUUUUCUCUUCAACAUCUUGCGAGGAACUUGGCGCAGACGAGAGCAUCUUCUGGCGAAAGGGACAGGGAAAACUCCGGUGCUACCAGCGGAAACGUCGAAGGGCAACACACUCUUUUUUGAUACAGGACCUGAGAUAUCUGGCUUUGAACUGACUCUGGAAACGAACGGAGAAAAAAUAUCCAUGGACAACGUCGCAUUUUCUACAUACCCAUCGUCUAGCAAUCCUGCCAACCGGUUUUCUACAUCUUGGACCCAACUGCACUUUAGGCCACAGACUGAAACUGUUGUUUCGGAAGCGCGCUCAACGUCAACUGCCAUCGAGAGGUUUGAGUAUAGCUCGCGGUGGGAGUCGAAUAUAACGAGCAGGCUUAUCCUUUCACAAGCCGGUACAACCACAUUCUUUAAACACCCUCGUAUCAUGCCUGUGAUGCCGGAGGGUUCUCGUCGAUACAAAAAUCGGGCUAACGGGGAAAAUCGCAAAUUUAAUUCUCGCCUGGAGAGAAUGAAUACAGAAAAGCACCCACUCUCGGCUGGUUGGACACAGUGCACUCACCCUGACGGAGCAAUCUAUUUUUGUAACAGGGAUAAGAGGAUCUUUACGGAUGCCAACAUUUACGACACUGUUCUUUACCAACAAAUGCUUGAAGACAUAUCCACUAUUGAGGAAUUUAUCUCGACCCAUGGCAUUACCCUCCCCAGCAAUUGCGACCUUGCCCUUGAUGUGACUUAUAACAAUGCUUGUCAAGAAAUCCAAACAUUUUACUACUUCGUGCAUCACCCAUCUCGUUCUAUCUUUUUCUUGGAUAACUAUGAAGCUCCUUGGUGUGAAUUGAAAGGCAUCAAUUCGUCUAGUCAUCUACGUGAAGAAUUGGAAGCUCAGUACUGGUUAUAUCUACAACUAUGCCCACAAGCCCUUGAAAUAUCCUCUUCUUUGAUUUUUGAACUCCGCGACACCGUUCUCCAAUUUAUUGGGGCGUCUCAAUCCUCCGCAACUAUCUAUAACUUGGAUGAACUCUAUAAAUUUCUCACAUUGAUCGAAAAUUUGGAAAGAAAUCAGGGACGGGAAUCCAAUGGCGCAGUUGGUCUUUUAUCUCGACUCAUGCAUUCGUUUGCCCAAUCAAAGGUCUACGACUCUCAAGGGAAACUUCAGCCGAGAUUAAAGAACGAAAUCCAGAUUGUGACCUAUGCCGCCCAAGCAUCAAGACGGACAUGGUUCAUAAGGACAAUUUCGCCAUUCCUGUUCUUCUCUCCAAAUCUCUAUCUCCGAACAUUGCGAAGAAUGUGGGUCAUUGGCGCUACUCACAACUCUGUUUGGGACCAAGGUGUGACCAGGCUAAGGCAUGAAUGGCGAGAACGUAUAUUCUGGUCCAUCCUUAUGCUGAUCGCUAACGCUGCAUUUCUAAGCAUUCGUGACAUUGGUCUGAGGCACCCCGAAUUGGAGCAUCGAUCCGGAGCACAGAUCUCCAGCUAUGUAUCGGUUAUCUUCGCUAUUGGAAGUAUCUUCUUGGGUAUGACUUUCCAUGAGCACAUAAUGGCGAACAGUCGGGAUUUAAUUGGGGAUGUGAGCGCUUACGCGAAAAAGCGUGCUUACUCAUUGGUUGGCUUAGAAGCACGCGCUAUUGUGUACAGUCUCCCAUACGUAUUUCUCAUCUGGUCGAUCAUCUCCUUUGCAACAGCUGUUGGAUUCCUAGUCUUUCAAGACACUAGAAGGGUUACAAGGGUCAUCGUUGGCGUUUUCGCAGCUGCUGUUGGAGUUCUAGUCAUUAUUGGCGUUAUUUGCUCCUGGGAAAGGUAUACAGAACGGGAGACUGCCCAACCUCUCAACGAAUCACCCUCGAAGAGCCCAGAAAGGAAUGUCAUUGCCGAGGUAUGA